CUCCACGGGCACGCCCCAAACAGCUCCUGUUGGGACCCGGGCUGAGGCUGCGACCACUGCGGGGAAGUGCGUCUGUUCAGGUGGGCGGCCGUCUCGGCCUCGCCUCGUCGCUCCUCGCCGCGGAGAGAGCCGCAGAGUCCAGGAGGUCCGCCAUCGCCCCCGACCCGCGUCGCGCCUCUGCACAACGCCUCUGCUGUGCCCGUCCGAGCGGAGGAGAGGCCGUCCUCCCGCUCCUCGGGGCUGGCCUCCUGGGAAGCGUCGGGAGCCGGCCCUAGCGCCUCGGCCGCCGCGGGGGGACGCACGCAUGGACCACUAGAUGACGGCGGGGCGCCCGAGGAGGGGACCUGGAACUCGGGACGUUGACGGGACCUAAACGGGGCUACCUCGGAGGAGUACUGUGAAUUGCGGUGGCAUCACUAUCCCCAACAAAUUGGGCACUGAAAUAUAGUGCUUGGGGCACCAUGACGCUGAGGCUCUUGGAAGACUGGUGUAGGGGGAUGGAUAUGAACCCGCGGAAGGCGCUGUUGAUUGCCGGCAUCCCCCAGACCUGUAAUGUGGCCGAAAUCGAGGAGGCUCUGCGCGCUGGCCUAGCUCCCUUGGGCGAGCACCGGCUGCUCGGGAGGAUGUUCCGGAGGGACGAGAACAGGAAUGUAGCCUUAGUAGGGCUUACUGAGGAGACUAGUUUUGCUCUGGUCCCGAAGGAGAUACCUGGAAAAGGGGGUAGCUGGAGAGUGAUCUUUAAGCCCCCUGACCCAGAUAAUGAAUUUUUAAGCAGAUUAACUGCAUUCUUAGAAGGAGAGGGCAUGACAUUGGUUGAGUUGACCAGAGCUUUUGGGUAUGGAAACGACCCUUUUGACCUAGACCAGAACAUGAUCCCAGAAGUGCGGGCCCCCAUGUUGGCACAGGCGUUAGAUGAGGCUCUUCAGCCUGCCCUGCAAUACGUGAACUACAAAAAGCUGAGAGUAUUCUCGGGCAGUGAUUCUCCAGAGCCUGAAGAAGAAAACUUUGAAUCCUGGCUGUUUCAUACCACUCAAAUGAUGAAGACCUGGCAGGUGUCAGAUGCCGAGAAAAGAAGGCGAUUGCUAGAGAGCCUUAGAAGCCCAGCAUAUGAUAUUAUUCGUGUCCUCAAGAUAAACAAUCCUUUAAUUACGGUCCCUGAAUGCCUGAAGGCUCUUGAGCAGGUUUUUGGGGUUAUUGAUAAUCCUAGAGAGUUGCAGGUCAGAUAUCUGAGGACUUACCAGAAGGAUGAAGAAAAAUUGUCUGCUUACAUACUAAGGUUGGAGCCUUUAUUACAGAAACUGGUAGAGAGAGGAGCAGUUGAAAGAGAAGUUGUGAAUCAGGCCCGCCUCGACCAAAUCAUUGCUGGAGCAGGGGACAAAACACUGCGCAGGCGGCUUGCUCUGCCAGAUGAUGGCUCAGCCCCUGGCUUAUUAGAGCUACUGGAGCUGAUAAAGGAUGAAGAGGCAACUGAGGCAGAGAAGGAGGAGGCCCUUCUCCAGGCAGAGUUACUAGAGGGACAUUUCACCUGAAUCUUAGGAAACCAGGAAAGGACAGUGACAGUGAGCAGGGCAUGGAGGUAGAAUAGUCCAUAUACCACAGUGGUAGACAUUAACCAAGCCCUACCUUGUGAUGCCCAGUAACUCAUUUUCGCACAGUUCUCAGUACAAAUCCAUUGUCAGUUGUGUGCCUAUUUAAGGUCUCCUAAAUGUAUCAUUGACUAGGAAGACUAGUUCUGCACUGGUACUUAUAUAUUUAAAUUCAUUCCGGCGAAUUUUUUAUCACAAAACUGUACAAAGUUCUAUCACUGCAUGUGUGCACUGCUCUGAGAGGAAGGCAGGGGUCAGGUACCUCUGCUGACCUGAUCUUAUGGAGAUGUCAGCUUGUGUGGUAGCAGGUGCACGUGUCGCAUGUCAAAUGUGAUUAUGUAUCAGCUUGUGGGUGUCUGUUGCCCUCCAUUUAUCAUAUUGUGAGCAGUGGUUAAGAUAUUUUCUAUGUGAACCAGAAUUUUGUUGAUUCUGUGCAAUCAAAACAAGAGACAGAGCUAAAUGCUGAAGUUAACUUUGCAGCUUCCAUCUCUCACCUCAGGUUCCUGAUGUGCGUCAUCAUAUACCUAGUUGUGAAUAUCAUUUUAAUAGGUGUGAUAAAAUUAUAAGUAUGAACUUAUAAAAUAAAGGAAUGCUGAGAAAAUGA